AUGUCCAACGAGUACAUUGCCCUCUACACCGACAAAGACCGAGCAAGCCCGUGGGCUCAUCGCGUCGAGAUAGCUUUCUUCGAGGCGGGCUUACAACCCGUUAUAGGCCUCGUUGAACUCCAGAAUAAGCCCCAGUGGUUCACAGACAUCAUCAACCCGUACACGAAGGAAGUCCCUUCCAUCGCUUACCGUGGCCCCAAUGUGCCCGCUGAUCAGCCCUCGUCCCAGUCUGCCAAGCUAACCGACUCGACUGUGCUUCUUGAGUUCCUCGCCGACAUCUACCCAUCCGCCAAGCUUCUUCCUACGGAUGCUGUACAACGCGCCAAAGCGCGUUUCUUCAUCGGAAAAGCAACUGCUUUGCUCAAUUCCUCGUGGAUCGCCUUCCUCAAGAACCCAGCAUCGACAGAAGCCCUGAUCGAAGGGUUCGAGGCGCUGCAGAGUCUGCUUCCAGAGACAGGGUUUGCGGUGGGCGAGUGGUCGAUUGCGGACGCUAGCAUCGCACCGGGCCUCGGGAGAGUGGAAGCGGUUCUCCGCGAGGAUCUGGGAUCGUGGGAGAAAGGAGUCGGGUCGAAGAUGCACAAGGACAUCUUCUACGGGGAGCACUUUGAGCGAUUAUCGAGAUACUGGAGGGACAUCGAAGCCAGAGAAAGCUGGCAACGAACCUGGGAUGAGGCGAGCUUCAUCGGCUACUACAGGAAGAAGUUAUAA